CACAGCUGUUUACAUCAGACGAGAGCGAGGUGGACUUUCCCAGGUUACAGCAGAGACCACUUCCGCAAUUGGUGUCUGGGCAAAUCGAAGGAGCCACUGAAGCAGAAAGGGACCUUUAUCUUUUCUGGACUGGAUACUUUAGCCGUCUCUUCUAAUCAAUAAUGAACGAAGAAAGAAAGAGAGGCCGAAAAGACGCCAGAUUCCCAGCACCAUGCCUGGUAAGUGAAUCAGUGGCAAUGGAAGGAAAAGGGCCCUAUCGUAUCUAUGACCCAGGCGGGGGCGAGGCUAAGGCCAGAGAGGAGGGCAGCAGCGGUGGAGGGGGAAGCUACAGACUACUACUGGAAGAGAACAGCGUGCUCAGAGAGAGGAUGAAGGGACUCAAGAGCUUAGGAGACCUGUUGGAGGAGUCUCAGUGGGAGGCUUCUAAGUUGCGUCAGCGUGUAGAGGAGCUGGUCAGAGACAACGAGGCCCUGAAGUCUUCUACCUCCAGCUUCGCUACCAGUCUGUGUAUGGGAGGACCUGUUCAGACUGAGACACAAGGUCAGGGGAAGCUUCACCGCCAGCCCAGUAUGGACCAGAGAGAGAGUCAGCCGUGUCUCUCAACGGGGAAGGCCCUAAAUCAUGAACAGCCCAGCGAAGGUCUGUCAGAGUUUGAGGUGGUGAAUAUGGAGAAGACCGCCGAUACCCAGACGGCUGGUGCAGGAACAGGGCAGCUACCUCAGGAGAACCAGGAGUUAACCAGCCAGCUGCAGCGUCUAGAAAGCUCAUUUAGUAUCUUUGCUGAGGCGUCCAACCCCAACCAGCUCCUAGCCCACCUGGGACGCAUGGCCGUCGAGUUCCACCACCUCUCCUCCAAGGUCCAGAAGAACGAGCAGAGGACGUCCCUCCUACAGACUCUUUGUGAGCAGCUCAGACAAGAGAACAACGAGCUGAGAAAGAAGAUGGAGGAGGACCUUCAGUACAGAAACGGAGACUUGGAACUCCUGAGACAGGAGAACCUGAAGCUUAAAGAGCUGGUAACGGGAGGAGGAGAGACCGCAGCAGAGAGCGAGGGGCAGCCAGAAGCCAAAGAAGAUGUGGUGAAAGAGGAAACUGCCAGCGUUAGAUCCAAGAUGGAGGUCAGCACACCACAGAAGCAGAGUGGGAAUGCCACAGAGAAGGAGAAAGCCCCGGCCAAGCCCUGUGACCCAGAGGCAUACGAGAAGAAGAUCAAGCUUCUAGAGAAGCAGAGGAAAGAUGUACUGGAAGUGAACAAGCAGUGGGAUGUCCAGUGGAUCUCGAUGAAGUCACAGUUUGAACAGAAGAUCACAGACCUGCGUCAGAGGCUGGCGGACUCCCAGAAGGCCGUGCAGGAGCUGGAGGCAGAGCGAGAACAGAGGCAGCGGGAUUACGAUAAGAAGCUGCUGCUCGCCAAGUCCAAGAUCGAGAACGUACAGGGGGAGAAGGAGUGUCUGAACUCUGAGACCACAGAGUUAAAGCAGAAGGUUCGUUACCUGCAGGAUCAGCUGCUGCCCCUCAGUAAACAGAGAGAGUACCAGGAGAAAGAGAUACAGCGCCUCAACAGGGCUCUAGAGGAGGCCUUGAACCUGCACCCUCCCCCCUCCUCCCAGCAGCCACCGGUCCAGGGCGCCAGUGGUAACCACGGUGACGGGCCUAGUAACUUGAGGAGGCAGGAGCUGCUCACCCAGAUAGCAGUGUUAAUGGAACAGGUGAAGAUCUUUGAGGAGGACUUCAGGAAAGAGCGGAGCGACAGGGAACGAAUGAACGAGGAAAAGGAGGACUUGAGGAGACAGGUGGAGAGGCUGCAGGGUCAGAUGACCAACCUCACCAAUCAGCUUCACCAGGCCCAGAACGAGUGUCAGAGAGAGAGAACAGAGAGAUGCAAGCUGGAGAGACUACAGAUGCAGCAUCAUAAACAGGGCCAGCAGCAGCAGGAGAGGCGUACCUCAGACCCCUCCUCAGGCACCAUGAACGGCCCUCUGAGCCCUCCCUACUGUGGUCCCUUUGUGCAGGUGGCUCCAGGAGGAGGGCUGGACGGCUGGCCAAUACACCCCAGGAUACCCACCAACCCAACAGUUUCUGCCGGGGGCGUAGCGCCACCGGGGCGUGGCGACUUCCCGCCCCUCACAACGGUAAGGGGAAACCCGUGGCAGCAAUCGUUCCCCCAGCCCAGAGGCUCCAGGGGACCCGGAGCAGGGGAAGGAUCCAGGCCACCUCCAGAGAACACGGAUCAGUCCACAGCAACUGGGUUUGUAAAAAGAGAGCGACAGAAUAUUGACCCUGGAAAGCACUAAGGGCCUCUCCACCGUUCGUUCUUUCGUUGCCUCACCAUGGAGCCAGCUGGGUGGUAGAAGCAUGAAUCAGUUUUCAGUUGACCCGGUGUGAUUUGAACUAUAAUUUUCCUACUGAACUGUAGAUAUCCUGUUGUAAUGUUGUUGAUACUUGCCUUUUUAUAAGCCUACUUGUGAGACAAACACUGUUUUCGCUCUUCAGAAUUAUAAUACAUCAAUAUUACCAUUUAGAUGUGUUUCUUUUUUUUAACCUCAUAUUAUUUUUGGGGAGAUUCAAUAUCUGCUUUAUAUGAUUCUAUGCAGGAACUGAAGUCAUUUUGUGUAAUAGGUUUAAAUUUAUCGAAAUGUAAUAUUAAAACAAUAUACCUAUGUGAUUAUCAGCUGUUGACGAUCAUCCCACUGCAAAUAUUAUAAUUAUUAUUUGGAUUUUUUUAUUUACAAAGCUGUUUUGUUUCUUGUAGGGUUAAGGGGUCCAUUCUCCCAUGUCAGUAACAUCCAAUUCUACUUGUAUUCAUUCCAACGAUAUAUAAUUAUAUAGAUAAAUUGCCUUGGAAUUGGAAUCAUAGAAGCGUAACCGUGGUUUUUCUUUGUUUUUCAGUACCAUUGGUGUUCUAGAACUGUACUAUGAGUGUAACUGUUCAUAAAGUGAUCGUUAUAAUACAUCAAACUUGGGAAGUGAAUUUAGCUGGUAUUAUCAUGCCAAAAAAACAUGGCUGUGGUUAUUAUUGAUCAUUUAUUUAUAAUCUACUGUUUUGAUGGUUGCAUUGACUAAAUGUAAAUCACUUGUCUUUAGUAAUGCUGUUAUUUCUAUGUUAGUGUACUCCCAAUAUAUUGUAGCUAUUGACAUCGUAUGUUCGUUACACACACACCCUCACAAGAGCACCUGAUUGGCCAAAAAUGACCAAUGUCAUUUCAAUGCAGCACCUUUUGCUUUGAUUUCAUUGGGUUAAAUAUUUGAUCAUCGAUUCCAAUAUAUAUAUAUUUACACGUCCUCAACAUAUUUACCCACAAAGCUGUCCAGUCAUGUCUGGAGGAUUGGGUCAUUGGUCGUAGUGUACCCAGGCUUUGUCACAAUAGUCUUGAAUGGCUUCCUUUCCUGGUCUCGUUUCCUUCCCUACUGCUGACAGUUAGAUAUUACUACUGUAAUGUGUAGUGCCUGUUCUGGUUACUUUAAACGUUAGCCUGCCUGAGCGCUCCGCUAGCAGUAUGGUCAGUAUAGGCGCUGUAAGUGCAUUAAUAUGUGAAUUUAUAUCGCGUUAACAGGGUACAAUUGGUCUCCGUCAUAUUGCUUUAACCUGUCAGUCAUGUCCUUUUUGCAUCAGUCGGAGGCGAGGAAAUGAAGCUUUUAAAACUGAGACUCGACUAACCCCUAAGGUUCAGUCAGCUAGCCAUUACCUCAGUAACAGCCCAGUGAUAAACCACCUCCGCCAGACAGGGACUGCUGCCCAAAUGGCACACUAUCCCCUGUAUAGUGCACUACUCUUGCUCCCAGCUCUGGUUAAAAGAAGUGCACUAUAUAGGGAAUAGGGUGCCAUGUGGGUCCCAUUGCUGGCUUCUGUCUCAAUGCCCCUCUAAGACCAGCAGCUCCAUACUAACGCCGAUCUAUCUACAGUAUCUAUCCGACAGUCCUGUGAACCUUUGUGACAAUGUCAAUAGAGCCGGUUUGAAUUCCCAGCCGUGUACCUUUUUACCUCAGGUACUUCUGUUGAUCUGAGAGGAUUGGAUCGGUGUUGACACAAUGGCAACAAUAAAAACUCCAUUGUACGACAAGGUGGAUUUAUUGUUACCAUAUUGCUUAUACCUUUCCAAUGUUUUAUCUCGACUAGUGUCUGGAGUUUAGGUGGCAAGGGGUUGGUUUUUUGGGGGGGGGAUUGGUCACUACCCCUAGAGCUCCAAUCCUCCUGAUGUGUGCUUUGAUUUGGUGGUGAACUAAUGUUCUGUGUCUCCUGAAUCAAACCAAUAACUCAAAGCUAUAUAGGGUUGACAUAUGUAUCGUAUUAUCCUUAUUGUGUUUUGUUUCAUUCAGACUGCUGGUAAAAGAUGGGUGUUUAAUUCACAAUGUUCACUGUAAAUAGUUGGAACAGUCUUUUCUUUUCAAAGACAGAUUCCAGAAUGGGUCCGAUAGUUGAAUGGUGACGUUUUAAAGGUUGAAUUGCACUUUGAAAGUAAUGCUUUGUUUUCCUCUUGACGGUUGUCCUUUUUCUGGUUUGUAGUUCUGGAGUUUUGCAGGAGGCAAAAGCACAUUUACUGAUGUGAUGAGAUGUUUUGUAUUUGACUGGCUUAAUAAACAUAUCCUAAAUGUCUUUGUA